AUGCCUAAGCGCCUGCGACGCGCCUAUCUUGGACUUCUGAAUCGCUGUGAUCGCGCUAAGCCACCUGCUUUAUACCGGCUUAACGAGUCUCAAGAUCUUGCUCUUGAGCGGUAUCUUGAUGCUAUCGACAAUAUUGGCUUUGGUAUUCAUUAUGGACUGGUUGAGCAACAGGCGAACUCGCUCCUUGAAGAUGCGUAUACAGGACUAGAUGAAAUUGCGCCUAAGGUUAGUAAGCUUUGGGCACGGCGAUGGCUCGCAAGGCACCCNAAAUAUAGACGUGUAAAGGCAAAGUCAAUUGAGGUACAGCGUAAGCUUGCCCAGAAGCCAGCAGCGCUUCUUGACUGGUAUACUAGGCUUAAAGACCUUAUCGACGAGCGCGGUAUCUUGCCUGAAGAUAAUGUGCAUGAGACAGGCUGCCGCAUUGGUGUUACAAAAGAGCAGUACUUAUACACUAAAAACGGGCGUACGGUCUUUAUCCACAACUUGUUAUAG